AUGCGAUGCGCGAGCAAGGCCGCCGAGAGCGCGUCCGCACGUCUCUGCGCUGGUCAUGAAGACACUCAUGUCUUCACAGAGUAUGAGCUCGGUGUCUCAUACUCUCCUGAUACGGAAGACGGAUCCGUAUCGACGGCGAUCGAAUCCAAGCCGUCUGCCAAGCGUGGCAUGGAUGAUGCUUUGCGCCGUAGCAUCUUUGGUUCAUCUGAUGAAUCAGAUGAACCAUCGCCGAAGCGAAGGCGCUCGAGGUCGCGAGACUCGGGCGCUAACAGUGGUGUCGGUUCUCCUAUGGACACCACUUCGCAACGAGGUGCCAGUACUUCUGUCGGCACAUCGCAGGAAGAGUGA